AUGGGUAGCGGUUGGUCGGCCAAAGCUGUCGAAAUGGAUGACGGCGUGAAGGUAUUCUGGAGUGGGCAUCUUACCAAGGGACACGCUGACAGGCGGCAUGCGUGGCUUCAUGAGUACUCCGAGGCCCAGCUGGCGAUUAAGGCCUCCAUGCCGCCUUUCAACAACGCGAACAAGAUGGAUGUGCCUGCGUUCGUAGAACAGUUCAAUGUUCCCACUUUUGGGCCAAACAUCGCCAAUUCGGUCAUGCGUAUCUUUUCGACUGAAGCGAUUCUGCGCGUUGCCAAACAGCUCGGCGUCGUGAUUCCAACUUACGUGCUUAGCACCUUCGUCCAGGAUAAGAUGGUGAAAGUGCACGACAUGAUCAGGUACGCUCGACAAACCGCCGCGAUCGCCGAUAAGAACGCGGGCGCCAUCGACCAGCUUGAGAGGUUUGUGCAAGCGUUCAAGGCGCUCGAUGGCAAAUCGGUCCCCGACGUUGCCUCCUGGCAGGCGUUUGUCCUGGAGCACGUGCCAGCAGGGUGGGAGUCGAGGCUCCAUUUCGACCACCUGCUCGAGAACUUCGGCUUCGCAAAGGAGGCCUCCGACGAGCUGAGGGCAGCGCAGUUCGUGAAGGAGGACGGGGAGACUGUAACGUUUGAGUAG